UGCCCAUAUCAAAGGGUUGGUCGCAGCUCAGUUGCAGUUAUCUGCAGACCACGCGCGGGAAAAGUUGCGUUCCAUACUUUUUUAAAAUUCGAACUACGCUAGCAUAUUUUUUUUUAAUUUUCGUUAAACAGAGAUCUAGACAAAUUAAGAUGACGACGCUUUUAAGAAAAAUGUGGAGGAACCAUUCGAAACACAAAAAAUUAUGCGAGGAAUGGGCCUUGGCGGAGUGCGAGGGAGAGGGCUGGUGGAGGGAAGCUCGUGACGGGAGAGGCAAUUCCGAAGUCCGUUACGCGGGUAUGGCACCUGUGGAGCGGGCUGCUUCGGCACCGGCUACAGCUCUCGCCGUAAGAUCAGCCCUACACACGGCUAAAACCGUAAAUAAAAAACUUCAGAGAGUGAACCUGGACAUCAGCUCCAAGGGCAUUUUAGUGACCGACGCAGAUUCACAAGAAAACGUGCUCAGUGUCUCAAUUUAUAGGAUCUCAUAUUGCUCUGCGGACGCGGCGAACGCGCGUGUCUUCGCAGUGGUCGAAGGCAAGAGCGUCGGCGGCGACGACACGCACGUCGUGCACGUCUUCGUGUGCGCCCGGCGGCGGCAGGCUCGCGCGCUCGCGUUGGCAUUGGCUCACGCGUUCAAUGACGCGUAUCAGGCAUGGCAAGCCAAUCAAGCUGCUUCCUUGAAAUCUGGUGGUAAACGCCUAGUUACUCCAUGGGUGCAUUUUCCCGAUGAGUCUGAGGAGGAGGAAAGCGACGGCGAACAAUGGAACUCUCCCGCACCUCUCGUGACAUUCGCCUAAGCCUAUUUAAAAACAUACUUAAUUAUUUAAGAAAGUAUACUUUUAAGCGUUUUUGUAGAAUUUGUUACUAUUAAUCGAUAUGGUUAUAAUUGAUAAGUUGUUUUAUAAGAAAUAUAUAUAUUAUUUAAGAAAUUUCAGCAUCGAAGUUAAAAAGCUUUAAAACAAAAUGAAGGCUGGAAUUACUUUUAUUUUAAGGAAUAUUAUUAAUAUAUAUGAUUACAUAUUAUAUAAGCCGAGAUGACCCAGUGGUAAGAACGCGUGAAUCUUAACCGAUGAUCGUGGGUUCAAACCCGGGCAAGCACCACUGAAUUUUCAUGUGCUUAAUUUGUGAUUAUAAUUCAUCUCGUGCUUUACGGUGAAGGAAAACAUCGUGAGGAAACCUGCAUGUGCCUAAUUUCACUGAAGUUCUGCCACAUGUGAAUUCUACCAACCCGCAUUGGAGCAGCGUGGUGGAAUAAGCUCCAAACCUUCUCCUCAAAAAGAGGAGAGGAGGCCUUCAGCCCAGCUGUGGGACAUUCACAGGCUGUUACGGUACGGUACGGUACAUAUUAUAUAAUUAUAUUAAAUAUAAGUUCAGAUAAUUAAUUCAAUUAAAAAAAACAGUUAUAUAGACACGGAAUAACUGCGUUUAUUUUGUUAAUAUUUUUAUUUUCUAAUUUCUCUCUAAAAUAAGGUGUAACAAAAACACUGGUAAUACUAAUUGAAAAAAAAACGAUAAAUUGAAAUAUUAAAUAAUUAAGUCUAUUAAAUAUAAAAA